ACUGUCAACAAUGUCAAUUGUUUGACAUUUUUUAAAAGUACAAUUCUGACACGUGAAAUCAUAUUUCUAAACUUAAUAUUGUUAUUAUAAUUUAAUAAUAAUGAGUACUAUAGUCGAAAAAAUAGCGGCAAUAGAAGCCGAGAUGGCUCGUACGCAAAAAAAUAAAGCAACUGCUGGACAUUUGGGUUUACUAAAAGCGCGUAUAGCGAAACUACGUAGGGAAUUAAUAACUCCAAAAGGUGGUGGUGGUGGAACCGGUGAAGGUUUUGACGUUGCCAAAACAGGAGAUGCUAGAGUCGGUUUCGUAGGAUUCCCUUCAGUAGGGAAAAGUACUUUAUUGAGUAAUUUAGCCGGUGUUUAUUCAGAAGUUGCAGCUUACGAGUUUACAACCCUCACCACCGUACCGGGAUGUAUCAAAUAUAAAGGAGCUAAAAUUCAGUUAUUAGAUCUUCCGGGUAUUAUCGAGGGAGCGAAAGAUGGAAAAGGUAGAGGUAGACAAGUAAUAGCUGUUGCUAGAACUUGCAGUUUGAUAUUCUUGUGUCUAGACGUGUUAAAACCUUUAGGACACAAAAAACUCAUCGAACAUGAAUUGGAGGGCUUCGGAUUGAGGUUAAAUAAACAACCUCCAAAUAUAUAUUUUCGGAAAAAGGAUAAGGGAGGAAUUAAUUUGAAUUGUAUGGUACCUCAAUCUGAACUAGACCUCGAUACUGUUAAAACAAUUUUAUCCGAAUAUAAAAUACACAAUGCUGAUGUUACUUUAAAAUAUGAUGCUACGAGUGAUGAUCUUAUUGACGUCAUUGAAGGCAACAGAAUUUACGUACCUUGUAUCUACAUAUUAAAUAAAAUUGACCAGAUUAGUAUUGAAGAAUUAGAUGUUAUUUACAAAAUACCUCAUUGCGUACCGAUAUCAGCCCACCACCGAUGGAAUUUCGACGAUUUGUUGGAAAAAAUGUGGGAAUACUUGAAAUUAGUGAGGAUUUAUACGAAACCGAAAGGGCAACUUCCCGAUUACAAUUCGCCGAUUGUAUUACAUUCUGAACACACUUCCGUUGAAGAUUUUUGUAAUAAAUUGCACAGAAGUAUAGCUAAAGAAUUCAAAUAUGCUCUCGUUUGGGGAUCUUCUGUUAAGCAUCAACCCCAAAAAGUUGGUUUGGAUCAUGUACUAAGCGACGAGGAUGUUGUACAGAUCGUUAAGAAAGUUUGAAAAGUGCGUUUGGAAUUUUGGAAAAUGUACUCAAAGUGACGUUAUUGCGUCUUAUGUGUAUCGUAGAAUAUAAUAAAUGAUUAAACCCCG